AUGGCUUCUGCUAAGUUUUGGUUUUUCAUCGGCCUGGUUGCCAUUAUUACCGCCAACUGUUCGGCUGGUCUCCUAGAUGACUUGUAUCCAAAAAUCGUAACGGAGUUCUAUAAUCAGGCCCCCACCGAGGAGGGCUACCGCUUCAGCUCCGAGGAGCCCAAUGGAAGCAAGCGAGAGGAAAUUGGGGUGAUCAUGAACCCAGGCACUGAUAAGCAGGAGCUUGUGGUGAUGGGCUCCUACUCGGUCCACGAUGAGAAGACCGACACGGACACCGUUACCAUGUACACCGCCGACAAGGAGGGGUACAAGGCGCGUUACCAAAUUAAAAACCGCAAACUGAGUGCCGGUGCUCUCAAGUCUUCCGCUGGCUAAUGGAUUCCCAGAUCUGCUAAUGGAAUAUAUAUGUAUGCCUGGCAUAGAAAGGAUUAUAUAACUUUUCUAGUUCUUAAAAUUAGCUGAUUUAUGUAUAUUUCUGAAAUAACCUUAAUUGCAUGAUUCAUACAGUACAAAAUA